AUGGAGAAAACUCCAAGACCGAAGACAUCCAGGAGGGAGAGGGAGACAGAAACCUUGGCUUCUCCAAAAGGUCACCCUCCAAGAGCCUCCAGUGCAGGGAGGCUCCCUGAGGCAUCAGCAGCAAGGAGGGAGAGGCCGAGGAAGGAGAAGUCAGGGACGAAGGAGCUGAAAAUGGAGAAGGAUGUGAAGGUGAAGUCCACUGUGGUGGAUGUGGACAACGUGAGGGUGGAUGAGGAGAAGGAGCAGAGUGAGGAGAACCUGGGGCUGCUGGAGGUGGGGGAGCAGGAGGAUGGUGUCAAGCACAGGAACCUGGGAGUGUUUGAGUGGCUACUGAUGGUCUUUGUUUUGACCCUGGUUCUUUGCUUCCUCCCGCUUUCCAUCUGGUUCUGUGUCAAAGUGGUGAGGGAGCAUGAGCGAGCCGUGAUCUUUCGCCUGGGCCAUCUGCUGAGGGGAAGGCCCAGGGGACCAGGCCUUCUGUUCUACCUUCCGUUCCUUGAUGUGUGUCAGAAAGUUGACAUCCGCCUGAAAAUGCUCAAGGUUCCACCUCACACGGUGGUGACGAAGGACUUGCUGAGGCCAGAGCUGAGCUCGGUGUGUUAUUACCGAGUAGAGAACGUGGCUCUGUGCAGCACGGCCGUGUCCAGCCUGACCUCGGUGCUUCAGACUCUGGUCCAGGCGGCAGCCAGAGACGUGCUGGCCCAACACAAAUUCACCCACAUCCAGUUGGACAGGAGGAGGCUCGGCCAGCAGAUACAGGCAGCUGCUGACUCUGUAGCCUGCCGCUGGGGUGUCAGGGUGGAGAGAACUGACAUAGAGGAGCUGAGUCUUCCUGCGGAGUUACAGCAGAGUCUGGCCGCUGAGGCAGAGACCAGGAGACAAGAUCAUGUCAAAGUAAAAGCAGCAGAUGGAGAGAGAGCUGCCUGGGAAGCAUUCAGAGCUUACCUCCACCUCCUCCACCCCACCCUGGUCCUUCCGCUACCCUCCGACUUCCUCAGCCUGACCCCUGACCUUUCACCCCUGCCUCCGCCACCACCUCCUCCCCCUCCCCCUACCACAGAGGAAGAGAUGAGGGAAGGGGAGCAGAUCCGUGAGGGGGAAUCGGGGACUGACUCACCCAUGAUGUGA